AUGGAGCAACAAUCGCCCUCACAAGCCGGCAAGCCCUGGAUCAAGCUGGAUGACAUGGGAUCGAACGUCCGCCAGAUGACCCAAGGACCUGAUGGCAAUAAACAGUCAGGGUUCAAUGGACGGUCUGGGGUCAGAGUUACCAUUGAUGGAGCUGGUGAACCAGAACUCACUGGAUAUGGAGAAUUAUAUGCAAAUUUUAUCUACAGAAGCGGUGGCGGAUCACUGGAGGUCCCUCUAGUGCGUGGAUCUGCCCUGCUGACUCACGUCUUGAAGAACGCUAAUCCUGUGCUGACACCGUACUGCCUGAGAGCCAUCAAUCGACACCAGGUGAACUUCAACUGCCCACUGGAACCUAACGUUGGGGACGGUGGUGUUGGUUUCCUGGAAGGAGAGUGUCAUGGCGGCACUCUCACUAUCACUCUACAUAGUAGCCAGCUGAUCCAUGACAUUGGGCUGGUACAG